GCGCGGAACCGGGCUGGGCGCUUGUCGCGUAGUGGGUGGGGGCGAAGGGAGCGGGAGCCGCCGCCGCCGCCGGAGCUAACCGCGGGGACCGAGAUGCAGGGGGAAGGUGCUCCAAAGCCCUCUACCGCUGGAUCCAAAGCUAAGGAAAGUGGGGGCAAAUGUGGCAGGCUCGGGGCAGGUUAGACGCUGGGUAGCCAGUUGGCUGGGGCCUGCAGGGUGCCAGGAUCUGGGAGAGGGAAGGGAGGUGUUGGGCUCCCUUUCCCAUUGCUCUCUGCGGAGUCUGAAGUAGGGUCAGAUGUCUCUGGCUGGGGGUGGGAUGCAGCCUCCAGUGCACCCUCAGCAGUGACCCUCGUGUGUGCCUCUCUCUUCCUUCCGCAGCUGCUGCCGCCCACCCCUCGUCUUCUGGCCACCUCCCUUUUUGUGCCCCGCAGGCUCCCCCUCUCCACCUCCUGGGGCCCAUCAUGAAUGGUGCCCCUUCCCCAGAGGACGGGGCCACCCCCUCGUCUCCCCCGCUGCCCCCACCCCCGCCCCCUAGUUGGCGGGAGUUCUGUGAGUCCCACGCCCGGGCUGCAGCUCUGGACUUUGCCCGCCGUUUUCGCCUCUACCUGGCCUCCCACCCCCAAUAUGCGGGGCCCGGGGCCGAGGCUGCCUUCUCCCGCCGUUUUGCCGAGCUCUUCCUGCAGCACUUUGAGGCCGAGGUGGCCCGGGCCUCUGGCUCCCUGUCGCCACCCAUCCUGGCUCCCCUGAGCCCUGGUGCGGAGAUUUUGCCACAUGACCUGUCCCUUGAGAGCUGCAGGGUGGGUGGGCCCCUGGCUGUGCUGGGCCCUUCUCGAUCAUCUGAGGACCUGGCCGGCCCCCUCCCUUCCUCAGUCUCUUCCUCCUCUACAACCUCCUCCAAGCCGAAGCUCAAGAAGCGCUUCUCCCUGCGCUCAGUGGGUCGCUCCGUCCGAGGCUCAGUCCGUGGCAUCCUGCAGUGGCGGGGAACCGUUGACCCUGCCUCCUCGGCUGGGCCCCUGGAGACCUCAUCAGGCCCCCCAGUCUUAGGUGGAAACAGCAACUCCAACUCCUCUGGUGGGGCUGGGACCGUUGGUAGGGGACUGGUCAGUGAUGGAACGUCCCCUGGGGAAAGAUGGACUCACCGUUUUGAGAGGCUGAGACUCAGUCGGGGAGGGGGCACCUUGAAGGAUGGAGCAGGGAUGGUGCAGAGGGAAGAGCUGCUGAGUUUCAUGGGAGCUGAGGAGGCAGCCCCUGACCCAGCCGGAGUGGGCCGGGGAGGAGGGGUGGCUGGGCCUCCUUCAGGGGGAGGAGGGCAGCCUCAGUGGCAGAAGUGUCGCCUGCUGCUUCGAAGUGAAGGAGAAGGAGGAGGAGGAAGUCGCCUGGAGUUCUUUGUACCACCCAAGGCCUCUCGGCCCCGACUCAGCAUCCCCUGCUCUUCUAUCACAGACGUCCGGACAACCACAGCCCUGGAGAUGCCUGACCGGGAGAACACGUUUGUGGUUAAGGUGGAAGGUCCCUCCGAGUAUAUCCUGGAGACAGUGGAUGCCCAGCAUGUGAAGGCCUGGGUGUCUGACAUCCAAGAAUGCCUGAGCCCAGGACCCUGCCCUGCUACCAGUCCCCGCCCCAUGACCCUCCCUCUGGCCCCUGGGACCUCAUUCCUUACAAGAGAGAACACAGACAGCCUGGAGCUGUCCUGCCUGAAUCACUCGGAGAGUCUACCCAGCCAGGACCUGCUGCUUGGACCCAGCGAGAGCAAUGACCGCCUGUCGCAGGGGGCAUAUGGGGGCCUCUCAGACCGCCCCUCGGCAUCCAUCUCCCCCAGCUCUGCCUCCAUUGCUGCCUCCCAUUUUGACUCGAUGGAACUGCUUCCCCCAGAGUUGCCCCCCCGCAUCCCCAUUGAAGAGGGACCCCCAGCAGGGACAGUUCAUCCCCUCUCAGUCCCCUACCCUCCCUUGGACACUCCAGAAACAGCCACAGGGUCCUUCCUGUUCCAGGGGGAGCCAGAGAGCGGUGAGGGGGACCAGCCCCUCUCAGGGUAUCCUUGGUUCCACGGGAUGCUCUCUCGGCUCAAGGCUGCACAGUUGGUGCUGACUGGCGGCACUGGCUCCCAUGGUGUCUUCCUGGUGCGCCAGAGUGAGACAAGGCGGGGUGAAUAUGUCCUCACCUUCAACUUCCAGGGCAAGGCCAAGCACCUGCGUUUGUCGCUGAACGAGGAGGGUCAGUGCCGGGUCCAGCACCUGUGGUUCCAGUCCAUUUUCGAUAUGCUCGAGCACUUCCGGGUGCACCCCAUCCCUCUGGAGUCGGGAGGCUCCAGUGAUGUUGUCCUUGUCAGCUAUGUCCCAUCCUCCCAGCGACAGCAGGGCCGGGAGCAGGCUGGGAGCCAUGCGGGGGUGUGCGAGGGAGAUGGAUGCCACCCCGAUGCCUCCUGCACCCUCAUGCCCUUCGGAGCGAGUGACUGUGUAACCGAACACCUCCCAUGACCCACCCCAGCCCCCUGAACCCCCUUCAUGGACAGAUCCCCCACAGCCUGGGGCAGAAGAGGCGUCGAGGGCGCCAGAAGUGGCGGCAGCAGCAGCCGCAGCAGCCAAAGAGAGGCAAGAGAAAGAGAAAGCGGGCGGUGGAGGGGUCCCGGAAGAGCUGGUCCCCGUGGUUGAGCUGGUCCCCGUGGUUGAAUUGGAAGAGGCCAUAGCCCCAGGCUCAGAGGCCCAGGGCGCUGGGUCUGGUGGGGAUGUGGGGGUGCCCCCAAUGGUGCAGCUGCAGCAGUCACCACUAGGGGGUGAUGGAGAGGAAGGGGGCCACCCCAGGGCCAUUAACAACCAGUACUCCUUUGUGUGAGCCGACCCCACCCGCUCCACCCUUUUUAAGCCCCCCAGCCCUGCUUGUUAGAUUGGGCUGGGUAGGGACAGAGGAGGCCAAAAUCCCUCCCCCAUGCUUCCUGACCCUUGUCAGCCAAGGGCAUCUUCGAUGGUACAAGCAGAGGCUCGGGAGAGGCUCCCGUCACACACUACAGGUCCCUUCCCCAGGGCAGGGGAUUUGGGCUCCGUGAGCUCCUUGAGGGGCUCUUCUGGUCAGCCCCACCCUGGGGGCCAUUUCCCCAUUAACUACCCCCAGCCCGAGGCAGGGCGAGGGGGAAGGGCUGUCAGUUACAUUAAGGUGGUUGUUGUUGUUGUUUUAAACAAAAUGGAGAAGCAUAAAUAAAUAAAAAGGUUUAUCUCGGUUC